AUGAAUAAGCUGCUUUUAAAUAACUUAAACAAAAUAUGUAAUAAAAAAAAAAAUGGAUAUAACAAUUUUAAUGUAUUAUUUAAUAUAAGAAGUAUUGUUUAUACUAGUAGAAAUUAUAAAAAAAGGAAAAAUAUAUUUUAUAAAAGUUUUAUAAGAAAUGAUUAUAAUAGUAUGAGUAAUAAAGUUGAGGAUGAAAAUGAUAAUAAAAAAAAGUCGAAAAAGAAAAAUAUUUUUUUAACAUGGAAAUGUUUAGGUAUUAAUUUAUCAUUAACCAUACCAGCAUUAUAUUUAUAUUUAUAUUUAUUACAAUAUGAGAAAAAUAAAAAAAAAGGUUUUGGAAAAACUACAAUGGAAAGUAUAGGAAAACCAUUAAUAGGUGGUGAUUUUACUUUAAUAAAUCAUCAUGGUAAUAUUGUUACAAAUAAAUCUUUUAAAAAUAAAUUCUGUUUAAUUUAUUUUGGUUUUACAUAUUGUCCUGAUAUAUGUCCACAAGAAUUAGAAAAGCAAACUAUAGUAAUAGAAAAGAUACAUAAAAAAUAUGGAGAUAUAAUAACACCUAUAUUUAUAUCUGUAGAUCCACAAAGAGAUACGGUUGCACAAAUAAAUUAUUAUUGUAAAUCGUUUAGUCCGAAACUAAUUGGAUUAACUGGUACAAAAGAAUUAAUAAAACACGUUGCUAAAUUAUUUCGUGUUUAUUAUAAUGAAAACGUUACAGAUGUAAAUUAUCCAAAAGAAAACGAAUCUAUAUCUAUAAAUAAUAAAUAUAAUUAUCUAAUUGAUCAUUCUAUAAUCCAUUAUCUAUUAGAUACUAAUGGUAAUUUUCUUGAUUUUUUUGGAAAAAAUACAACGACUAGCGAAAUGGUCGAUAAAAUAUCUGAGUAUAUAGAUGACCACAUGAAUAAACAUAAGGAUUAUCCCAAAAAUACAAUUAGCAUACAAGCAUAA